AUUUAUUAAUCAAACCACACUCAUUGCUUUUAAUUUAUUAGCAAAUUCCUCAACUUACGUACAGAAUAAUAUUCUCUAUUAGAAUGGUUCUUGCGGAAACAACAUCAGAAACUAACUGCGGGAAUUUAAAUUUAAAAUAAUAAAAUUAUGUAUAAUGAUAAAUUUGGAUGUUUCUUGACUUUUAUAAUUUCGAUUUCAUCGGUUGGUUUUUCGGAAUGCACUGGAAGGAAUAAUGUUUGUAAAGGUAUUAAGGAUUAUUACACUAUCGAGACCAAUGGAAAUUGUACUUUUGAUCCUGAUGUUUUUCUUCCAAUGGAACUGUUGAUUACAAGCAAUGGAUAUCCUUUAGAAGUGUAUGAACCUAUUACCAGAGAUGGUUACAUUUUGAAACUAUUUCGAAUACCUCAAAAAAAACCUAAACGAGGUACGGUAUAUUUAAGUCAUCCCUUAAAUGGUAUGAGCAAUCUUUGGGUGGAUAAAAAGAACCAUUCUCUUGCUUUUAUGCUAUCAAACGCAGGAUAUGACGUGUGGAUGGGAAAUUACAGGGGUAAUUAUCAUUCUGAAAGGCACGAAACUUUGACUGUGUACGAUCGUGAAUUUUGGAAAUUUAGUUUUCAUGAAAUGGCUCUGUACGAUCUUCCAACAAUGUUAGAAUUUAUAAGAGAGCAUACAGAGGGUGACAGGGUUUAUUACAUCGGGCAUUCGUUGGGGACCACAACCGCAUUUAUUUAUUCCUCGCUUUUACCAGAACACGCCGAAGAUUUUGUGAAAGUGUUCGUGUGUAUGUCCCCCGUAGCUUUUUUGAGACACGUCCCUUACAUUAUGAGGGUUGUUGCUCGAUAUACAAAUUUAUUUUUGGAAUGGGGUGAAUCUUUGGGUAUAACGAAUAUGAUUUGGUGGAAUGGAUUUUUGCAUAAUUUAGCGAAAGGGUUUUGUCUAGGUCCCGAACCACAUAUUGAACUUUGUUUAUUUUUCCUUGUUGUUGCUAUUGGCAAUGGACCUGAUUUUGAAGAAUUAAAUCCGAUUUGGAUUCCUCACACGUUUACACAAAAUUUUGCUGGUUUUUCAUUCCGAUCAGUAGCACAUUAUGGUCAAAUUGCUGGAAGUGAAAGAUUUCAGUUUUUUGACCACGGAGCGGAAAAGAAUUUAAACUUUUACGGUUCUCAAAGACCUCCUUUAUAUCCCUUGGAUAAAAUGACAGUUCCAAUUUAUUUAGUUUACGGAAGUAGGGACAAUGUGGCAACGCAGUGGGAUGCUGAAGAGUUUUACGAGGCAAUACCACCAAGAACAAGGAUUUAUGGUAAGUGGAAGGUGAACGGAUUCAAUCACGUAGAUUUUAUGUAUGGAAGGAACGUAGGAACAAGAGUGUACGAACCUAUAGUUGAUUUUGUCAACAACAUUGUUCGAGAUUAAACAAAAUGGGAAAAUAAACUGUCUAAAUUUGUUCAAAGUUGGUAGUUGAUUUUUGAGUUGGUAGAUUGUAACAAAUAAUAAACAGGAAUAAAAAUGGCGCGCAAUCCCGAGUGUCAUGUAAGUGUCAAGCUGACUGAUUAGGGUCGACAUUAAGAAUAAAAGCAAAUUUGUCUUAAAAAACAGUUUAUAAAUGGUUUGAACUGAAUAUAAGCCACGAUGAAUCUUAUUCGAGGGCAAUGUUUGAUUUGCAAACAGAAGGAGCAAGUGUUGAAUACAGCAGAAGCCCGGCCUUUUUUGAAAUACAUUAUAAACACUUAUUUUACAAAUAAAAAGAUUGGUUUAAAAGAAUUAAAAUAUCGCAUACAUCCCAAAAGUUUAUGUGUUGUUUGUGCAUGCAAUGUUGAAACUUCAUAUAAAUUUAAAAAGACGUACGAAAAUAAGGUUAGAAAGGAGUCAGUUAUUAAGAAGACCCUGAACUCUUGUUUAGUGUGUGGUUUUCGCGGUUUUGGGCUUGUAAAAACAGAAGACAAUCCUAAUGACUUUCAAGAAAAUUUGUGUCUAUUUAUGAGAGCGAUAUCAAAAUCAAGACCCUACAACCAAUGUGCAGUAUGUUUUGUCUGUGUACUCGAGCUACAAAACUUCAACAAGAUAAACGCUGUGCUACAAGAAGAGGUUGAAUUUUCUAACAACAAAAUAGAAGAAAUAAUUUUAAGUGAAGAUGAAGAUUUAAAAAUAGUACCGUUUGUGAAGAGUAUUCCAAAUGUAGGAGUUUCUACUCCCAAUAAACUGCAUUUAAGAAGUAAGAGGAAGCGGGCUGCUUCUGCUUCUCCUAAUGAAGAAAUUCCACCAGCAAAAUUACCAAAAAUUCAUUUGUCAAAACAAUAUUUUAAAAAUUCCUCUGAUAUAAUGUCAGUUAAAGCAUUAAGUAAAACUGAAAAGAUAAAAAUUCCAAGACCUGCUAUUAGAGACAAGAAGAUGUACAGUAAUUUACCUGUUAUUGAACUAGAGAAGGUAAAUUCUGAUAUAAUUAAAAGUAAAGCCAAUGUAGAAAUUAUUAAACAUGUUGGUAAAAGCAAAAGAACAAGUAUUGCUGCAGAUUCUACAUUUACAGAUUCAGUUGAAUAUCAGAAACCAAAGGUAUCUAUCAGGAUAAAAUUGCUUUCAAAAAAACGCAAUUUCAAGCCAUGUCCCAAAUCCAAAAAAGAUCUGACCAAGUGUAUAGAAUGCAAUCAAGUCUUCACUACCCUAUGCCAAUUCAAAAGUCACUUACUGUGGCAUGAGAAACGGGCCUUUUUAAAAGUAAAUUUAACAAGAGAUCCGAUUAUAUCUAAGUUAACUGCAGAAUCUCAAAACAAUAAAAAUGCAGUAGAAGAGAAAGACCAUUCUGUGGAAGUAGACAAAAAGAAAGAUGAAGAAGUAGAUGAAGGGAAAGAUGAGGAUGUGAUUGAAGACAGUCAAGAGUUAUUAAAAAUCCCUGAUAAUGAGGAUGAUGCCAUGGAUACAAUCCCUUUAAAUGAUAAAAACGAUUCAACAGAAACUAACAAUAUACAGGAAGAAGUUAAUGGCAUAACUGAUAAAAGUGAAAAUAAAGUUGCCCAAGAAGAAAUUAACGAAGAAAUUAACAACAGCAAAGAAGGGAAAGACGGAAAUUCUGAUGAUGAUAAUAUCAUCCCAUUUAACUUUGAAGGUCUUAAUGAUAAGAUUGAAUAUAUCAUUGUUGAUGAGGUGGCAGAUGAUAGCAACAAAAUGGAUGUAGGGGCCCAAGAAGAAGUAAAAACUCAUAAAGAAAACCAUAUAGGUGAUGAAAAUGAGUCUCAAGUAAAUAAUGCAAGUCAGCCGAGUCAGAUAGGAAAUGAAAUAGUUGAAGAA